AUGCUAAGAAUUUUGAAAUCAAAUUUAUCUGUGUUUAUUCAUUCGACCUCUCGCAAUAGAAUUUCCAGUAAUAUUUUACAAUCGGUUAUAACAUUUUCUUUCUUUUUAAUGACACCGAACUGCAAACGUUUCCCAAAGAAACUACUUUCCUCGCUUAUAUUCUGCAGCUCUAGACACGGGAGUGCCUGAAACCGAAAAGUCACAUGGCAGCAGACCUUCUUCAAGACAACAUGGAGUCGGAAAUAAAAGAACUCCGUGAGAUCGUUCAAAAUUACAAACCGGGUAUUACUGUAACAGUUCCCGACAAAAUAACAUUUCCCGAAAAUUUGUUCAUUGGACUGUUUGGCAGGACAGGAUGCGGGAAAAGCUCUCUUAUAAAUUCCCUAAAAUUUGCUGUAUCAGGACGUCUGAGAAGGGCACAGUGGAUCGACGUUGCAAGUCAAGAAAAGGCAGGAGGCCACACAAUGUUCAGAAAGAUAGCCAAUUUGACCCACUGCAUGUACGUAAUUGAUAACCGAGGCUUAGACAACCCGAGUGCAGAACAAGCACAAGCUGAAAUAGCAGCGCAACUGGAUGGUCAUCGAGGCUACAGCGAAAGUGUGCAGUGGGCAACAGACGAAGAGCAACCAAGUUCUGAUACGUCAUGUACACCAACACUAAACCUUGAAACAGGACACCCGAUUUCAUGUGUUAUCUUCGUGUUCAGCGCCAUUCACGAUAUAGAGGCUGACUUCGCAGGGCUUAAUCUCGUGAUCGAUUUCUUUCAUCGACACCAAGGUUGCUACCCCAUCGCUGUUGUCACUCACGUUGACGUUGCAGAGCGAAAGAACGUCGAAAUCCUGGCUGCCGUGCUCCGUGUAUCAGGGUUUGGUGACAUCUACGAGGUGGCUAACAUCACAGACGAACACACCAAACUCGACGAGCAAUACCAACUCAAUCUUUUGUCCCUGCUUGAGAGAUGCAUGACGAUCGGAGAUAAUACUGCUGUCUUCAAGCAUUACCAACGAGUAGAGAAGGAGAAAAAGAAAAAUAUGCUGAAGAUGGGUCGUAGAGAAAAGGUAGUAACACCGGAAAACACUUCGCGUACCAAGCCCACUGACAUGACUGAAGACCAGCGUUGCAAAAGGGGAGAGGUUAAAGAGACGUUGCAAAAAACGGAGGAGGAACGGAAGGAGAUUGAAACACUCAAGAACGAAUUUCAGAUGAAGAUGAUGGAACUGGAGAUGUUAGAGUACGAGCACAAGAUGAAGAUGAAGCUGCAGCAACAGAGGCAUGAGCUUGAGAUGCAACAGAACGCCCUGGAGAUCCGGGAGAUGAAACUCCAGGAGGAAGAAAGGGAACGUCGCUUUCAAGAACAGUUGCGGAAGAUCGAGAGUGAUAAUCGGGGAGAACUCAUCCGAGUCAUGGAGGCAAAUAAUGCCGUCAAGGGAGCUAGAUUUCCAAGGUUCCAACCAGUAAUCAGUCUUCCUAGCCCACUUCCUUCAUGUCGUCUUCAGUGAUUUCAGAAUUAUUUUGAAUUCAGUCGACACACCUUGACUGUAGACGUAUUGAGCGGACGCAUGCGCACAAUUUUAAGACGCUCGAUGGGCUAGCCCAGCGACAGCUCUAUUUAGCUUAUAUUGUUAAGACAGGAGCUGGGGGCUUCAGCCCCCACUUUUUUUUAAAUCCCAAACUGUGUAUAAAAACGUAAAAAUCACCAUAACAUUGAGAAUUUUGUGCAUGGUCAGCAACCCCCCCCCCCCCCCCCCCACUUUGAAAACCGUUCCGCGGCCCCUGUAAGAGUAGACUAAUAGACUUAUUUCAUUACUAUCGAC